AUGAAGACUUUCCCUUUGAACUCCCGUUCCAAGACAACGGCGCUCAAGCAGCCGAAGGAACUCUUCACCUACUACCGUGACAUCGACAACCAGUACAUCUACGACAAGGAAACCGUCCAAUCCAACGCCUCCUACUACUACUUGCCUGAUAGUGAUGUUAGCAAAAGAAUCGAUUUACAGUCUGGCUACAGUAAAUUCCAGAAGAUCCCCGAAGAACAGAACCUCGGCGACUUUGGCCUGCUUCUCCAAGGCAUCCAGCGUUACGAGGAGGCACAUGAUGGCACCAAACUCGCAGUGGACGUGGUCACCUUCAGAGGGUUGAUGACCAAGCUCUUGUGCAUUCCCUACAACAACAGAGACGCGGUAGACUUGAACAUCGUGGCGUACGACGGCCAGCUCUUCAUCAAGGCUGACGACAUCAUCGAAACCAACAGGCGUCAGGACGAUCUUCGCCAGAAACAGAGCCAGGGACGCGAACAGGCAGAGUACAUCAGCAAAUGUGAGUAUUCUGGGUACAAGUUCGAGGCUGUGGCCACGCUCUCCAAGCCGUGGGCUGAGAGCUCUCGUCUGACCAUCGAGAAGAGAGGCAAGAAGAUCGUCAACAACUAUGAGCAGUACCUCUCGGUUAUACGGACAGGCAUUGGCAAGACCAAGAUGGCGUUGGCAGGCGAGGUCGACUGUGUGUGGGACUACAUUCCCGACAGCCCCAGCGAGGUGUUGGGUCACUACGUGGAGUUAAAAACUAGCAAGGUAUUGGACGGACCCAAGCAGGCAGCCACAUUUGAGCGCAAGUUGUUCAAGACGUGGGCCCAGUGCUUCUUGAUGGGCAUCCGCAAGGUUGUUUACGGCUUCCGCGACGAUCAGUUCUUGUUGCAGGCGGUGGAGGUGUUUGACACCGAGCAGAUUCCGGUGAUGAUUAAGAAUGAGUCCAAGAUCAACUGUAUCAAUGCGUUGAAGUGGUACGGCGCAGUCAUUGACUGGAUCGUCAGCGAGGUUCCGCGCGACGAUGAGUCCAAGGCGUGGAGGGUCAGCUACGACCCAGGCUCCCGCCUGUUUUCGUUGAUGGAGCUCAUGGCCCCCGACAACGAACGGUUGCGUAACGGAGAAAUUCUUACUGACGAGUUCAAGGCGUGGAGAGAGAGCAUCAAGCAGUCCCAGCAAUAA